AUGACUUCUGCCGACAAGAGAGCGUUUGUGGACCAGAUCGUAGCUGACAAUCGUGUUGUGAUCUUCAGCAAAUCGUAUUGCCCAUUUUGUCAUAGAGUGAAAGAUCUGUUCAAGUCGCUGAAUGUCGAAUACAAUGCAUUGGAGUUAGAUUUGAUGGGAGAAGAAGGCAAUGCCAUUCAAGCUGCAUUGAUUGAAAAAACAAACCAGAAGACUGUGCCUAAUGUUUUUAUUAACGCGAAUCACGUCGGAGGUUGCGAUAGCACACUUCAAGCCCAUGCCGACGGUAAAUUGUUUGAUUUACUGCAGAACACAGCGAGAGAAUAUGAUUAUGAUCUUCUGAUAAUAGGAGGAGGCUCGGGAGGAUUAGCAGCAUCCAAAGAGGCGGCGUUGUUGGGUAAAAAAGUUGCAGUGUGCGAUUUUGUGAAGCCGUCCCCGCAAGGUACUACUUGGGGUCUGGGUGGAACUUGUGUAAAUGUUGGCUGCAUUCCAAAGAAAUUAAUGCAUAGAGCCGCUCUUACUGGACACACAUUGCAAGAUGGUACUUACUUUGGAUGGAUGUUGCCAGACGAGGUUCAUCACAAUUGGGAAAAAAUGGUUGAAGAAGUCCAAAAUUAUGUUAAGUCUCUAAAUUUUGGAUACCGUAAAGUUUUGAGAGAAAAAUCUGUCACCUACUUGAAUGCGUAUGCCCAGUUUGUUGAUUCAGAUCCUCAUAAAGUUGUUUUAACUGAUAAGAAAAAUGUUAAGAAAGAAAUUACUGCUCAGAAUAUAAUCAUUGCUGUUGGUGGCAGACCCCGUUAUCCUCAAAUUCCAGGAGCUGUUGAAUAUGGCAUCACUUCUGACGACUUGUUUUCUCUUCCUUAUCGACCAGGAAAAACUUUAAUAGUAGGCGCAUCAUACAUUGCUUUAGAAUGUGCUGGUUUCCUUGCUGGCUUUGGAAUAGAAGUUACUGUGAUGGUUCGAUCGAUCUUCCUCAGAGGUUUUGAUCAACAAAUGGCAGAAAUGAUUGGUGAACACAUGGAAAAGCAUGGAGUACAAUUCAUCAAAGGAUGUGUACCUCUUCAAAUAGAAAGAAUUGAAGAACCUAGUUCACCUAAUGCUCCAGGAUUGUUAAGAGUGACUGCAAAAAUGAACAAUGGAGAACAGAUUACUACUGAAUUCAACACUGUGCUCUUUGCUGUGGGCCGUGAUGCUUGCACUGGAGAUUUGGGUCUUGAUAAGGUGGGUGUAGAAGUAAAUAAGAGCAAUGGAAAAAUAAUUGCCAAUGAAAGCGAGCAGACCUCCGUUCGUAAUAUUUUUGCUAUUGGAGAUGUUUUGGAUGGUAAAUUAGAGCUGACUCCUGUUGCUAUUCAAGCUGGUCGUUUGUUGGCACAGCGACUGUAUGGACAACAGAAAGUAUUGACAGAUUAUACAAAUGUACCGACAACAGUCUUCACUCCUUUGGAAUAUGGUUGUGUGGGUCUUUCAGAAGAAGAUGCAAAGAACAAAUAUGGGGAAGAUGACAUAGAAGUAUAUCACAGUUACUUUCAGCCACUGGAGUAUGUUUUGAGUAACAGAGAUCCUAAUGUCUGUUAUGCAAAAUUAAUAUGUGUGAAAAGUGAUGGGGAACGUGUUGUUGGAUUUCAUGUUCUAAGUCCUGAUGCUGGUGAAAUUACUCAAGGAUUUGCAAUUGGAUUGAAACUUGCUGCCAAGAAAGCUGAUUUUGAUAAUUUGAUAGGCAUUCAUCCAACUUGCGCUGAAAUAUUUACUACUUUGAAGAUUUCCAAAGCGUCUGGUCUUAGUGUUGAGAAAACUGGUUGCUGA